GUAGAGAGGUCGGGGCUCGGUGACAGGGAGGCGGACUUUUAUUUGCAGGAAGUGCUGAAUAAAAAAGAUGGGGAAGCACAGGUUUUCAAUGAACCUAAAAAGGAUUCUUGGCAACGCACACACAAUCACAAUCACCCUCUCCAUCUCGUCCUCAUUCAAUCACAGCAGCGAGAUUACGUGACCCACAAGACAAGCUUCUGAGGUGGUAGAUUUCAUCACUUAUGCUUUUGACCUCUUCAUUCCACAGACGCCCUGUGCUUCUACUCUAUCUAUGUCUUAUCGCACUCUCGCUCCUCUUUUUCGUACAACUGCUAUGGUACCUGGUGCUAAACGGUAGCUCUAAGGGCGUUUCACACCGGUCGGUUAUCGGUCAUCCUAACUUGACACCAGCGACAACAACAACGAAUACUACCAGAGUUAAGGCUGCGUUUGUCGUAUUGACGCGUAACUCUGAACUGGAUGGCGUACGGCAAGCGAUACGACAGAUGGAGGCACGGUUCAACCACAAGUUUGAAUAUCCAUAUGUAUUUCUAAACGAUGAGCCGUUUACGGAAGAGUUUAAGGAAACGACGUCUAGUUUGACCAAUGCAGAGACAAAAUACGGACUUAUUCCCAAGGAGCAUUGGAGUUAUCCGGACUGGAUUGAUAUUGAAAAGGCUGAUAAAUCACGAAAAGAUAUGGAGGAGGACGGGAUUAUAUAUGGUGGAAGUGUAUCGUAUCGACACAUGUGCCGGUUUGAGAGUGGCUUCUUUUAUCGGCAUCCACUUAUGGAAGAAUAUGAUUACUAUUGGCGCGUGGAACCAAACGUCGAGUUCUACUGCGAUCUGGAUUACGAUCCGUUCCUGUACAUGAAACAGAACAAUAAGAAAUAUGGCUGGACCAUUGCACUUUUGGAAUACCGAUCGACGAUACCUUCACUCUGGACGACGGUCAAGGCGUUUAUGAAAAAGUAUCCGCAACAUGUACCAAGGAACAACAUGCUCGACUUUGUAUCCAAUAACGGAGGCUACAGUUACAACCUGUGUCAUUUUUGGAGCAACUUCGAGAUUGGUGAUCUGAAUUUUUUGCGUGGAGAAGCAUAUAGCGCAUUCUUUGAUUAUCUGGACCAAAGCGGUGGAUUCUUCUAUGAGAGGUGGGGCGAUGCACCAGUACAUUCGAUUGCUGUAUCGCUGUUUUUGAGCAAGGACGAGAUCCAUUUUUUUGAUGAUAUUGGAUACCGACAUGACGACUUUAUGCAUUGUCCAACUGCAAGGGAACUGCAAAAGAAAUGCCAUUGUGAUGCACAUGCAACUUUCGAUCUGACAGAUAAUUCUUGCUUCCGGAGAUGGGUUCAAAUAGACAGCUGAGCAAAUAGUUGCUACUCUUUGCACCUAUCAUAUACAAUAAAGUAGACUGUAUUUUUUUAUAUCGUAUAUACACGAUGCUCUGAGGGGUCCGGUUUCUCGGGGAAAUGAAAGCGCGUACACA